CUAUGAUAAUGAUAUGAUAUUGCAAUAAGCAGGGGGCCGAUUAGUCAUCGGAUAGAAUGUAACCAUUGAGCACAUCAUUACCCCGACCUCUCACCUCACUGCCUCGACACACCGUGACAAAUUCUACUUAUCUAGGCAAUCCCAUCUCCACGUGUAGAGGCCCUCUCCUCCAUUCUCUUCUUCUUCAGCCGAACCAAAUCCCUUUCUCGUUUCCGAACUCUUUCUGGUGCAUUGGGUCCAAGUUUUAUGUCAACUCAUUCUUUCCAGUCAGAUUGACGUCAUUGGCACUGAAUAAUAGCGUGACUCCUGCGAUCGUAGGUCACAACUCUUUGAUUUUCGAAAUCCAUUAGCGUCAAAAUAUGGUCCAAACGAGAGGAUAUGCCCGACUGGGGCCCGAUAUCUCUCUAUAUACCCCAGAGCAGCCUAAGAUCGGACAGCUGGUCAUUAUAUGCCCAUCCAUUGGCAUCGCCAAAACCAGAUAUGUCUGUGAUUAUGAGUCGCUUUAUCGCAACAGUGCCCCCCGCGCGAAGAUUCUCAUACUGUCUCCCACCAAGUCAGGCAUGCUUAGCUCUUAUCAAAAACAAGAAGAUGCUAUGAAGCCGGCUGCAGACGCAAUUUGUGAUAUCUUGAAUGAGUGUGACCGUCUUCAAUCCGCCGUCGGCGGCUCCAAAAACUCUCAUACUCGACCCCGGAUACUCUUGCAUGCGAUAGGCAAUGGGGGAUUCAAUUCAGCAACAAAUCUCUUAGUCGCCCUUGAACGCAGAACGAAGAGGAACUUACCACUAGUCGGGCUGAUCUGCGACAGCGCACCCGGCGGCGCCUCGUACACCAAAGCAUGCCGGGCUCUAACGUACUCCUUCAUCACUGAUCUUACAACGGAUUUCCCCACCGGAAUACUUCGUUGGGUGUUGGUCCACGCUGUACUUUCCAUCGUGUAUCUGUUCAUUGCUUUCACACGAUACGAGGCGCCUGGCGCUUACUGGCGCAAAUCGAUUCUAGACAAGAAGCUUAUUGACUGCAACAAAGUUUAUUAUUUUGCGUCGAUUGACGACAAGGUGACUGAUUGGAGGGACGUCUUGUCGCACGCGAAACAAGCUCGCCAACAAGGUUGGGAGGUCAAGGAGCUCUUAUAUGAUUAUACACCUCACUGCGGGCAUAUCAGGAGAGAGAAGCAAAGAAUCAAUUACGAGGAUGCUAUUUACUAUCUAUGGGAAGGCAAAAAGAUAUGACCUUUACAACUGGGCAUGUGAUACCUGAUCAGUGACGGAGGAGGAUGGUACACGAGUUCUUGAAUUUUCAAGACAUGAAGUUUUUGGUUGUUGGUACUACAAGAUCAUGAUUAUGCUAAGAAUACGAUUAUUAUGAACCCCCUAAGCGCAAUAAAACAAUUACAGACUCAUAGCUCAUCGCAGCAAAAACCUCAAACUACACGGUUCAGGCCUUCUCAUCACAAGGAGAGGGAUAGUAAGAGCUCACGGCACACCCCUCACGAAACAUAACCCCGCGAAAGGAUCCAGCCACUGUUCUUCCGUUUUAAAUGACGAUUUAUUCGCGCACGUACCUUGAGAAAAAGGGCUUGGAGCACGCAAUUACGCGUGCUUCUUGCGAUUCUUGGCAGGGAGAGACGAUAGGUGGAGAUCUGACAUGCAGUUAUGCGGCGUCGCAGCCGAGACUAGAGUGACAUGCAUACUGCUGUCCAGGGGUCAGCUACCCGUCUAGGCAAACUCCGUUGCUGA